GUCAACGCGCCUCCUGACACUGCCCUUGUGCCGCUCCGCUCCCCGUCCAAACUAAGCAACUCAUUUAUUCAAAUGGUCUAAAUACGUUUGAGGGAGCGGGGGUUUGCGAAUUGCGAUUCCUACUCUCAGCGCUCUGUCUCUUUGCUUGGCUUGCUACGGUUCUCGAUUCAUUCAUCGCCGAUUGGAUACUGAAGGAAACCAGGAUGGAGAAAUAUGAGAAGCUGGAAAAGGUUGGGGAGGGCACAUACGGAAAAGUCUACAAGGCGAAAGACAAAUCGACGGGGCAACUGGUGGCUCUCAAGAAAACGCGGCUGGAGAUGGACGAAGAAGGCAUUCCUCCAACUGCUCUCCGGGAGGUCUCUUUGCUUCAGAUGCUGUCUCAAUCACUAUACGUCGUCCGACUCCUUUCCGUCGAACACGUCGACGCUUCCGGUAAUUCCAGCGCUCAUACGGACGACGACGACGACGACCGCGACCGCACACGCCGCCGCCGCCACGAUGCUAACAAGGUGAACAGUACUGCUGUUCCGAAAUCAAACCUCUACCUGGUGUUCGAGUACCUAGACACGGAUCUGAAGAAGUUCAUCGAUUCCCACCGCAAGGGCCCAAACCCUAGGCCACUCCCUCCUACUCUCAUCCAGAGCUUCCUCUUCCAGCUCUGCAAGGGCGUUGCUCACUGCCACAGCCAUGGCGUCCUCCACCGCGAUCUCAAACCUCAGAAUCUCCUCCUCGAUCAGGAUAAAGGCAUCCUUAAGAUCGCGGACCUUGGUCUCGGCCGCGCCUUCACCGUUCCUCUUAAGAGCUACACUCACGAAAUAGUCACUCUCUGGUACAGAGCACCUGAGGUCUUGCUCGGUUCAACUCAUUACUCCACCGCCGUUGACAUGUGGUCCGUCGGCUGCAUCUUUGCUGAAAUGGUCCGACGGCAAGCCCUGUUUCCAGGCGACUCAGAAUUCCAACAGCUGCUUCACAUCUUCAGGCUGUUAGGAACACCAACUGAAAAGGAUUGGCCAGGAGUGACUAGUCUUCGAGAUUGGCAUGUGUACCCGCAAUGGGAGCCACAAAACUUUGCCCGUGCUGUUCCUUCUCUUGGUCCAGAUGGGCUGGACCUUCUAUCGAAGAUGCUUAAAUACAACCCUGCCGAAAGAACAUCAGCAAAAGCAGCAAUGGAACAUCCUUAUUUUGAGUUGCUUGACAAAUCGCAAUUCUGAAGGGGAACCUAGAGGACGUUAAUUGUUGUUUCGCGUGAGUUUCUGCUUUUACUAGUUAUAUAUGUAUUAUGGGGCUUGUAGCAUUCAUUGCAAAGAACAAACUUGUUCAGAUGGUCUAAUCAUUUUUAGCCAUCAUAAUGUUGGGUGACUGAAGCUAUGUAGUGUUAUGUACUUAUGUGUCGGUGACCAGUAUGGCCCUUUCGCCAUGUCCAUUGGCCUCUGUGUGGCUGCUGGUCCUGCGUUUGUCUAUCUUUUGGCUAUUAAAGGUAAACUAAAUGC